CGGGCGUGGAGGAGCCGCGCGGGCCGGGAGCGGGGACGCAGGGCGUGUUCCAAAAACCACUAAGGAAGACGAGGGACCCCUGAGGCUUGCUCCCCUUCCUGCUGGCCAUGCUGACCGCGGCACCCCCCCUGCCUGCUUCCAAGAUGCUCUGGGCCCUCCUGCUCUUGGCCGUCUCUGGGAGUGCUCAGAGUGGAGACUGGGACAGCCCCAAAUGCACCGAGGGCGUGGUUUCUGUGUUCAGGGGCAAGCCAGCCGUGAUGGCCUGCAGCAUCUCCAACCCGUUCUCCCACAUCGACAUCUCCCUGGAAACCUACCCUGGGGCGAGCAGGCAGCUCAUCUUCAGUGUAAAGGCCCCAGGAAACUUCUGCCAGGAUGGAUGGCAGCUCUGGGUUCAAGAGGGCGAGGCGCACCUGGUGAUUGAAAAAGCCCAGGACACCCAGGCAGGGCAGUACAAGUGGAGUCUUGUGGGGCGCCAGAGAACCUUCGGAACCACCACCCUGAACGUCUCAGAGGCUUCCCGGCCAGAAGUGAUGUCCACCUUGAGGGUGCCCCCAAGGCAAACAGUGGCUCCUACACAAGUGAACAAAAGCUGCAGGUCCUGCCCACUCCCCAAAGCACAGGAGUUGCUGUUCCCUGAUCUUGAGGACAAGAGCCUGGUCCAGGUGGUCUUCCCCAUCCUUGGCCUGGUUGCUGUCUCCAUCCUGCUGGUCUGCUUGCUGGCCUGGCGCAGAAGGUGUAGCUCUCCAAAGCUCUCCAAGCACCAGCAGAUAAUGGAGCUCUGAGCCGGAGCGGGGCGCUCUGUGCACCACGCACUGCACUGUGCAGAGGGGAAGUGAGGGCAUUACCAGGCCUGGCCUGGCAGUCUGGCAGCGUCUGCCCUCUCCCUGACACACACACCAAGGAGGGCUCUUCAGCAGCUCCUGUGGCCAAAAGUGCAAAAACCUCAAGCUCCAAAGCACGUGACCCAAAAGGACCCUCCCCUUCCUCUGCCCCAUUCAGGCCUGUGGGCCUGGGCUCCUCCCCGCAACAGGAGGGCCACACUGCUGUCACCUUGGGGACACUCCAGUCCGGGGUCCUAAGUUGGUCAUGAAUAUCACGGACACCCUCCUGUCUUUGGACUAUGAACAAGGAGCUUUUGGGACCCUCCUGCCAGCAACUGUGGGGCCAAGAUGCGGGGAUCAGGGACCUGAGAUGGUGCAUCGGCCCCACCACCACCACCAGGGGGUAGAGCAGCCCCUCUGGAGGGGAGGCAGGACGUGUGGUUGCCGGUGGGAUCUGUGUCCACCCCCCCCCACCGUCUCCCAAGCCCUGGGGCUCCCCCCCCCCCACCAUCUGCCCCACCUGCUGGCCCUUGCUGGUCCCAAACCCAUUUAUGCCAGAUGUCUUUAUAAUCAAAACUGUGUAAUUCCACUGAAUGUAUUGUGGGGUUUUUGUUGGGGGGGGGGGGUCUUGUUUUCUUCCUUUCCUCUUUUGUUCUCUUCUCUUAUGGUUUGAUGAUUAUCUUUAGUGUAGUGUUUAAAUUCCUCUUUCUUUUUUGUGUAUACGUAUCUCUAUUAUAGAUUUUUGGUUUGUGGUUACCAUAAGGUUUUGAUGUCUAUAUAAGUGCAUGAUUAUUUUAAGUUGCUUAUCUCUUAAUUUCAAAUGCAUUUCAAAUAUCCUGCAUUUGUACUCUCCUCCUCUUAUGAUUACUGGUUUUGUUAUCAUGUUUGUGUGUGGAUGAUUUCCUACCUUUACUGUAUGUUUGCCUUUACUGGUGAGCUUUGCCAUUUCAUGAUUCUCUUGUUUCUAGUUGUGGCUUUUUCUUUUCUGCCUAGAAAGUUCCUUUAGUGUUUGCCAUAAAGCUGGUUUGGUGGUGCGUUGAGUGUAUUCUUAAAAGGUACAUAUAAGGUGAUAAAAGAAGGUUUUUCUUAGAAGUAUUACGUUCAGUGCUUUGCAAAACAUCCAGAUUGCUAAUCCUCAAGAUGAAUAAACUAAA